CACAAGCACAAGCACGAGCACAAGCACAAGCACAAGCACAAGCACAAAACCGGCUCCACUCUUUCUUUCUUUUCUUCAUCUUCCAAUAUAUUCUUGCUUUUUUUAUUAUUUUUGCUCAUCGAUUUCUGUAAUACUAUUAUACUUUUUGCUUAUCCAAAAAACCCCUUUUCUCUUCUAUACACGCUCUUUUAUAUUACUUUUUCUUUGUCUUUACAGAAAAAAGCAAAACGAGAAUUAAUAACAGGAUAAACUAAAAAAAAGUUUUGCCAAUGCUGAGCUCUAGACUUGUUACCCAGAGGCCUACGGUCUCGGCCCUCCUCCUCACCAAGGGUCUCACCAAGCGUGUUGCCAUGGGCUUCAGCCCCCUCGCCUCCCGCCGCACCUACGCAACGGCGAAUACCAAGAGCGCCGAAAUCAAGGCACGCAUCGACAACAAGCGCCAAGCAUCCCUCUUAGGCGGCGGUAUCGCCCGCAUCAACGCGCAACACGCCAAGGGUAAGCUUACAGCACGCGAGCGCAUCGAGCUCCUGGUCGAUCCCGGAACCUUCCGCGAGUACGAUGCCUUUGUCGAGCACCAGUGCACGGACUUUGGCAUGGAUGGCCAGAAGAUUACCGGCGACGGUGUUGUCACCGGUGUUGGUAAGAUUAACGGCCGUACGACGUAUAUUUUCUCGCAGGACUUUACCUCAUUCGGUGGGUCGCUUUCCAAGACUUUUGCCGCCAAGGUGUGCAAGAUUAUGGACCGUGCCUUGCAGGUUGGAGCCCCCGUUGUUGGUCUGAAUGACUCGGGAGGCGCGAGAAUCCAGGAGGGUGUUGAUUCGCUCGCUGGGUAUGCGGAGAUCUUCCAGCGCAAUGUGCUGGCCUCCGGCGUCAUCCCCCAGAUCUCCCUGAUUAUGGGCCCUUGCGCCGGUGGUGCCGUGUAUUCGCCGGCUCUGACUGACUUUACCUUUAUGGUGAGGGGCACUUCGUACUUGUUUGUCACCGGCCCGGAUGUCGUCAAGGCCGUGACCAACGAGACUGUCACGCAGGAGGAGCUGGGUGGUGCCGGCCCGCACACCAAGAAGUCCGGUGUUGCACACGACGCCUUUGACAACGAUGUUGUUGCCCUGGCGCGCACUCGCGAGCUCCUCUCGUACCUCCCCCAGUCUAACCGCGCACCCGCCGCCCUGCGCUACACGGCUGAUCCUUCGGACCGUGCUGAUGCCGCUCUUAACACGCUGGUGCCGACGGACUCCCACCAGGCGUACGACAUCAAGGAUGUUGUCAGCCGUAUUGUCGAUGACGCCCGUUUCUUCGAGAUCAUGCCUGACUACGCGCGCAACAUUAUCAUUGGAUUCGCUCGUAUCGGCGGCCGCAGCGUCGGUAUUGUCGGCAACCAGCCCCUUGUGUCCUCCGGUGUCCUGGACAUUGCUGCGUCGGUCAAGGCUGCGCGCUUUGUGCGUUUCUGCGACGCCUUCAAUAUCCCCUUGGUCACCUUCGUCGAUGUCCCUGGGUUCUUGCCCGGUACGCAGCAGGAGCACAACGGUAUUAUUCGCGAGGGCGCUAAGCUGCUCUACGCGUACGCCGAGGCCACUGUGCCCAAGAUCGCCAUCACCACGAGAAAGGCGUAUGGUGGUGCUCAGUGUGUUAUGAGCUCGAAGCAGCUGCGCGGUGAUGUUAACUUGGCUUGGCCUACGGCUGAGCUCGCUGUCAUGGGUGCUAAGGGUGCUGUUGAGAUCUUGUGGAGGAAGGAUCCUGAGGGUCGUGUUAAGGCUGAGGAGGAGUACAACCGCUUGUUCGCUAACCCCCUGCCGGCUGCACAGCGCGGAUACCUGGAUGAUAUUAUUGAGCCGUCGACUACUCGCCAGCGCAUCAUUGAGGAGCUCGAGAUCCUGCAGCACAAGGAGCUUAAGAAUCCCGUCAAGAAGCACGACAACAUGCCUCUCUAAUUUAUAAUUAUAAUUAUUAUUUUUUCUUUUCUCCUCACUCCUUUAUUCAGUUCAAAAAAUCAACGUCGUUUUUUUCAUGUCA